AUGAUCAACGACUUUUACUCUUCAAAUCAAUUCAAUAGAGGGGUGGCAACACAGAUCAGCGUUGCUACUAAUGCUAAUAACAACAAUUUUGGGUAUUCUGGUUUCAGAUCAUCGGUUCCUUCCUCAAUAUUUAGUCACAAUGUGAGUCAGGCAUUAGAUAGUAAGACAUGUCCUAUUGGUCAAUCUCAAAUAGUACAAGAAUUAACUCUGCUCCAUUCACUACUCGUCCAAUAUUUGAAAAACAAUACUUCACCAACAUCGUCAACAUGUUCUUCCAAUAAUAGUGUAUGUUUCACCACACCAACAAAAUAUUCAAUUGGGAGUGAUUCAAUGAAUUUUGCAUGUGGUAAUAGAUUCACAUCCAGUUCUUAUUCAUCUGAGUCAUCCAUUUCCAAUCCACUCCUAAUGAGCAGUAGUAGUGCUACUUCACCAUAUGGUGGAUGUUCAAGUCCUGUCAGAUCAUCCAUUGCAACAACUUCAUUCUCUUCACCGACACACAUCCAACGAACAUUUAGCAAUUCGAAUUUCCAAUCAUUUUCAUCAACACCACUCAGUUCCAUGAGUGAAUACGAGGAGAGAAUUUCCAAACUAGAACAAUUAGUCAAACAAAUUCUCAGUUUAAUUUAUAGAGGCGAUUAUAAAUCACCAGCAACAGAUAACAAGUCAAGCUCACAAGUUGUUAAACUUGAUUCUACUAACUCAAUCAAACAAUUACUAACCAGUAAAAUUAAGGAAACCUAUCAAUUAGAUAUGGAACCUCUCAAACAAAUAGUUGCCUCAGUUGUUCAUCAUGAACCAAAACGAUUAAAUAUGGGAUAUGAUAUCAUCUUCCAAAUGAAAACUGAGUUGACGUAUUUAAGUCAAUUGUGUAAAUAAACAAUUUAAUUAAAUAAG